AUGACCUUCCCCAUCAGUGAGGCAAAGGCAGCUGGCAUCGUCAGCCUCACUGACAACGCAACUCUUGCGCAACGGAACAGUGAGGCACAGUCAAGAAUCGUGACGCAUCAUCACCCCUUCGCCAAGCACCCGUUCGCCGCUCCAUUGUGCUUCGGAUCCUCAACCCCUCUUGUUGCGCCCGACGACGCCUCCCGCACCCAGUCCGAGUGCCGUUCCCCCGGAUACCCCAUUGUCAGUGCUCACUCGCUGUUUCUCACAAGCACGUCCUCCCUCCCUUCCGUCUUCCGGCAGCGUCCCAUCCCGACUUCGCUCCCGCCGGGCCCGACCAUGCAUAGGCGAUCGAUGGCUACUGCGACCCAGCUCCGUUCUGUCGGCUCGCACGGCGCCCGCUCUUUGGCGCUCGACCUUUGCCCCGCGAAUCCUCAACCUCCGCUUCAGGUUUGCCCCGCAAGCUGGUAG